GCACGCCAUGUCCAUGCCCGCGACACUGCCGACGGCAUCGCAGACGAAGUCGCUGCACCUCCUGCGCUCCCUGCUCCGCGAGGCUUCGUGUCUGCCGGACGCUGCCGCCCGCGACUACUUCCGCCGCUACAUCGUCGCCCGCUUCAAAGCCUACCAGCCCAAGCCCAACGCAACGGCCUCCUUCGAUGUGCAGGCCGUCGAGAAGUACCGCCACCGGUCCUUCAAGCGCCGCCACAUAGCCAUCAUCAAUGGUCGCGCCGCACAGCAGCAGCGAAAGGCGCUGAAGGGGCUGAACUUCCUGCGCCGCGCAAACCAGGGCGAGGGCGCUUGCAUACAAAAAGUGCUGUGGCUCACCUACGGCCGGCUGGGUCGGCGCAAGUAUGCGCUGCUGGACGAGCUGCUCAAGCCGGACCCUGCCUGGCCUCAAGGACCCGCCCCUCUGCAGCUGCUCUACCGCAGCAACCUGCGCUGCCUGCAGUACUUUGAAGCACCCAACGCCCGCAACGCCGCCCACGGCAGCCACACAAUCUACAUCUCGAAGCAGUACCCCCGUCUGCGCGCCGUCAUCACGGCCCAGUGCCAGAAAGAGGCGUCUCUGCACCGAGCGAUGAAGCGCCCCUACAUCACAACGCCCAUGUUGAACACCUGGGAGCAGCCCAUGCCCAUCAGGCGCGCAGUGAACAACGUGCGCCGCUGGUAUGCCGAGACCAUGACACGCCUCCUUCCGGCUUUGCCAACCGCAGAAUGGGACAGCAUCGAGGCCAUGAGCAAGGGGAAGCAGCCCAUCGGCUUUGCAAAGAGACGGGCGCCUGCAGUCAGGCUCAGCCCGCAGCCUGCGUCAGACAGCGGCACCCUCGAGCAGAUGCUACAGCGCAGCCUCGCCAUGGACAAGCUCAGCAAGGCAGACAGGCCACAGGGACUAGACCGACCGCGUGCCCUCACUGCCAGAUACAUGCAGCGGCUCUACUCGCGGCUCCUAACGCUGUCCUGCAAGCUCGAAUACGACGAUGCGCGAAAGCAGUGGAAUGCGAUCUGGGGAGAGCCCAGGAAGAACACCAGACCUGACAGCUACACUACGCCAGUUGACGACGCGCUGUUUGCUGGCGUGGAUGCUAAAGGGGCCAUGCCCAAAGCCCCGAAGAGGAAGGACAAGACGGCACCGCUGGUGCAGCCGCGCAAUGAGGACGGCGAAUACAUGCGCUUCCCAUUCUUCGCUGAGAUGCUUCCCGAGACCCAUCCCGUGCGCAUCGAGUUGGACAAGUGGAAGAAAGAGCGCGCUAACGCUCGCGCGAAGUGGGUCGCUCCGGGCGGUGACGCAUCAUGACCGUUGCCCCCACAUCGCUCCUGGAUUCUGCCACUCCACGACAUUCCAAGGGCGUGUUGCAACCGCAAUCAAGUCUGCAACGUGAAGCUUGAUAUGCUCAGACUACCCGCAAACGCAUACUGAGCAUAUUCACUUCGCAAUGGCCUCCACGCACGCCGCCAUCCGCCACGCAACACGCCAAGGUACGUCCACUGCACAGCAAGACCUCCACCGCACAGCAAGACCUCCAACGUCACUGACUCGUACCCCAGAUGUCCCCACAAUCCUGGGCCUCAUCCAAGAGCUCGCCGACUACGAAAAGGCCUCCUCGUCCGUAAAAGCAACCGUCGAGUCCCUCACACGCACCCUCUCCCACGCCGACCCAUCU